AUGGCUCUUUCCUCAGGGGUCCCCCUGACACUUGGUUUUUGCCCUUGGUGCAGGGUCCUGAAACACUCUGUGGACGCCACCUAUGAGGAGGAGGGCCCAAGCCAUGGGUAUCACAUGGAGCUAUCCAUCUUCUUCAUGGUCUACUUCGUGGUCAUCCCCUUCUUCUUCGUCAACAUCUUUGUGGCCUUGAUCAUCAUCACCUUCCAGGAGCAGGGGGACAAGGUGAUGUCUGAAUGCAGCCUGGAGAAGAACGAGAGGGCUUGCAUCGACUUCGCCAUCAGCGCCAAGCCCCUGACACGGUACAUGCCCCAGGACAAGCAGUCAUUCCAGUACAAGACAUUGACAUUUGUGGUCUCGCCUCCCUUCGAGUACUUCAUCAUGGCCAUGAUCGCCCUCAACACAGUGGUGCUAAUGAUGAAUUUCUAUGAUGCACCAUAUGAAUAUGAGCUAAUGUUAAAAUGCCUGAACGUUGUGUUCACAUCCAUGUUCUCCAUGGAAUGCGUGCUGAAGAUCAUCGCUUUUGGGGUGCUGGCUGAGUCCUCUGGUAUUGCUCAGGUGGCCCAAAUCCCUGUGGCUUUAGAGCCAGGCCUCUGGUGCCAGAGCCCUCCAAAGCCCGCGAGGGAUAGGGUUAGGGCCCAGGUGAACGGCACUCCUGGUCUGCGGCCUGAGUACCUUGGUACUGCUCUGGUGUCCCGAAUCCUUGGGGCUUUGGAGCCAGGCCCUGGAGACAGACCGCUCGAAACCAACUUAGGGUUAGGGUUAGGGCUUAUGGGCAUGACAGGCCUGAGGUGCUGGCGCUAUGAUGACCUUCUCGGGGUCUGA